ACAAAACCCGCCCCCUCCCCCACUUCUUCGCCGUCACCGUUUCCUAUCAGCAUUUUCCCCAUUCCGGGGUCCACCUCCUCCGUCACCCGCUACUCCCAAACCCUGAAUCACUCUCUCAUUCACCGUUCACAGCGCCUCAAUUCUCCAUUCCAUCACCCAUUACUCAUCACUCGUCACUUUUCUCUUCUCCUUCACAGCGUCCACAAUUCUCAGCGCCUAAAGCUCUUGCUCCGCCGUCCUCGAUUAACCGCGCCUGGAGUUCCGCCGUCCACAAUUCACCGCGUCUCAAGCUCCGUGGUCUCUCCGUCUCGUGAGUUCUGCCACCAAAGUACCAAACCGUCCGUCAAUACGAAGAGUUAGAGAGAGAUUGAGCUUGAGUUGGAUCUUCUUGUCGAACACAACUACUCUGACUGUGCAGGAACAUAGCUACCAUGGCUGAGAGCUCUUCGGUUGCACCGCCACUGAAGCCCGUCGUCGUUAGGGUCAAACGGAAACCCUCUCAAUCCCCAGUUGAUGCUUUCUGGCUGGAAAUCAAUGAGAGGCCAUUGAAGCGCCCUCUUUUGGAUUUUAGCAAUCUGUCAAUCUCUGAUUCUGCCCAAAAAGUAGAAUUUCGUAACAAGAAGGUUUUCAUGCAACAUGUGGAAACAAUAUGCAGCUCUGAAGUAGCCUUUGAUGUCGUGCAAUCUUUCAUGGAUCCUGGUUCGAGGGGUGCAUCUGAAUCUAAAUCGAAAAUUGAGGAGAGGAAGAAGAACUUCAAAAUGGAUAAUAAGCAAGAGCAGUUGUUGCAAAAAGCUAAACAAGAAAAAGAGUCUUCAGCAAAAGAUGCUCGCUUUGAACAAAUAUGGAAGAGCAGGAAGGGUGGCAAAACGGCAGAGCAAGAAAAAUCACUACAAGAAAUAUGCCAGUUCUAUGACAUUGUUCGUGUUGAUAGUGAAGAAAACUCUAAAGAGGUGCAACAGGAAGAGUUGUCGUUGGAGGAUCAGAGACUCUUGUCUAGCUACCUCCCUUUACUGAGAGAGUUUAUUCCUAAUGCUGCUGAAGAGAUUGAAGCUGACAUGGUUGCUCAAUCCAAACAAGAGGCUUAUGUCUAUGACUUCUAUACUGUGAAGGAUGAGACAGAUGUAAAUAAUGUUGAUGAUUCUUCUUCAUAUUCCUAUCCGCUAGUCCAAGUCAAUGAUGAUGAGGAAUAUUAUGAUGGGCCAGAUUAUUCGGAUUACGAGACUGAUGAUUCAAAUGCUGAAGACAAUCCGCUGAAUGAUUAUCCAGAAGAGAUUUCUGAAGAGGAGGAUGAAGAGGUUAAAGACUCUGAGCACGAAUCAGAAGAAUGCGAGCAUGAGAAGGAUAGUGAUGAAGAUGAGGAUCUAGAGCAUGAGGGCCUUUCCAAAGAUGAUGGUGCUGAUCCUCUAUUUGAUGAGGAAUUUGAUGAUUAUGAUGGUGAUAACACUUCUGAUGCAGAAGAUGUGGAUAAUGAAGAUUGGAAAUGGUCUCACCGAUGAAGCUUGUUUGAAUUUCUGUUAGAAAACCAGAACAGACAUUGAAAUUCACUCCAACAUAACUUUGAGGAAAAACUCUCUGUUUGGAUACUCAAAAUUAAUUUUGGUUCUCAAUGUCAAUGUCCGUUUAACUCAGAGCAAGAAAUACUUGCUUUUAGUUUGAAGAAAUUGCGUUCGAUGUUUCAAAUGUGAG